AAGCACAAGGAUUUAUGCUAUGGCGUCCUCAAGCACGGCACAUUGUUUGUGUAUGAGUCAGACAAGAUGCUAGAAUGUAAGAUGAUUAUUCCUGUACACGACUUUUCAGUGUCAAUAUAUCCCGAAGACAAACGCGACCCUGAGCUUUUCAACAAGUCAACGGCUAUUCGGCUGCACCAGGACUUCUAUCUGUACUGUGGCCGGGCCAUUGACAAGGAAGACUGGUAUUUCGCAUUGAUCAGCGCAUCGAACUUCAUGGCCGACUCGCCCACGUUGAACUCGAAGCAGUUCGACAUGGACGCCAUGCAGAAUCUGAUCAGAAAUAUCCAUCACGACCCGUCCAGUCGCCAGAUGCAAUGGAUGAAUGCCAUUUUGGGAAGAGUUUUCUUGGGCAUGUACAAGACCGACAAGGUGCACAAGUUCUUCGAGCAGAAAAUCACGAAAAAAGUCAGCAAGAUGAAACGCCCCAUGUUUAUCGAUGCCAUUGCGGUCCACCGUGUCCAAGUCGGCCAUGCGAUCCCCUACUUGAACAAUCCCAAACUGCUGUCGCUUUCGCUCGACGGCAGUUUAACAGCCGAAGCGCAGGUCGACUAUGAAGGUGGUCUGUGCGUGGAAAUCGAGACGGGGUUUCUAUGGUCGUACUCAUCCCGGAUGAAACCCAUCCGUGUCAAUUUGAUCCUGUCCGUCACACUCAAAAAAUUGAGCGGCAGGUUCAUGUUCAAAAUCAAGGCGCCGCCAACAAACCGCUACUGGAUUGGAUUUUAUGAGCCUCCUGUGAUGGACCUGGUCAUCAAGCCUAUCGUGUCAGAUAAGCAGAUCAAGCUCCAGGUAGUAACAAACGCCAUCGAAUCCAAGAUCCGUGAGGUGAUUGCUGAGACCAUGGUGUUGCCCAACAUGGACGAUUUUGUGUUUUGCGACUCGGACGGCAAAGGUGGAAUGUUUGAUGAUGGGGUGCUGUCUCCA